AUGCUGACUGGAGCAUUCAAAUUCAGGUUCCUUGUUCUAAACCAAACUCUCUUGGUUGACGCAUUUCAUAAUUUCCCUGGAUUAAGCAAACCUCAUAGUACUGUUGAAUAUGCUAUAAAGAAGUUGUUGGGUUUGGGAGAGCGGAAAUCAGGAGACGUAUUGGAUGGUGUUGGUGAACAGAUAAGGAAUUUGAGAAAGAGAUCUGGACGAUUAAAAGAGACACUUGAAAACUGUGGGUGGGAUGUUCUUGAAUCCUGCGCUGUUGUUUCCAUGGGGGCCAAGCCCUCUGCCUAUCUCAACAAGAUUGUUAAGCUCAAGAAAUCGCCUAAAGAUGGAGGAAGCACAGAAAAUGAUGCAACUUAUGAAGUCAAGCUUGAUGACAUAAAUAUCAGGGAAGCCAUCUUCAAAGUCACUGGUUUUUGCAUCAACAGCAGCUCAUGGACUGGGAUUCGUGGCUAUUGCAGGUUCGCAAUUGCUUUAGAAGAAAGCAAAUUUGAACGGGCAUUGGAUUGCAUUAUCAAAUUCAAAGAAUCAGUGCCUGAAUCACUCUGAUAUUGUCUCCAAGUUUAUUGUUUUCACAAAUUAAACAUCAUAAAAUAAACCAAUCUUGUUGUCAAUUCCAAUUCCACAGAACUUAAGUUGAGCUUUUUUUCCUCAAGUCAGCUCCAAUUGGGCUUGUUGUAAGUCCUGCAGA